UGUUCUGUGUGUGAGGAAGGGUUCUAUUUGGCAUCCCACCUGCGGACAGACCAGUCCGAUCACACUGGGCCGAGGCUGGUCAUCUGCUGAAUUUCAGGGAAGGGAUUCUCUCGUUCAUCUGACCAAAUGGCACACCAGCAAGUUCAUACCGGGAAGCGGCCAUUCACCUGCUCAGACUGUGGGAAGGGAUUCACACAGUCAUCCACACUACAGAUUCAUCAGCGAGUUCACACUGGGGAGAAGCCAUUCACCUGCUCAGAAUGUGGGAAGGGAUUCAGUCAAUCAUCCAACCUACAGAGUCACCGGCGAGUUCACACUGGGGAGAAGCCAUUCACCUGCUCAGAAUGUGGGAAGGGAUUCAGUCAAUCAUCCAACCUACAGAGUCACCGGCGAGUUCACACAGGGGAGAAGCCAUUCACCUGCUCAGACUGUGGGAAGGGAUUCACACUGUCGUCCCACGUACAGAGACACCAUCGAGUUCACACUAGGGAGAAGCCAUUCACUUGCUCGGUCUGUGGGAAGGGAUUCAGUGAGUCAUCUGACCUACUGGUACAUCAGCGAGUUCACACUGGGGAGAGGCCAUUCAACUGCUCAGUCUGUGGGAAAGGAUUCACACUGUCAUCCCACCUACAGAGACAUCAGCGAGUUCACACUGGAGAGAAGCCAUUCACCUGCUCAGAAUGUGGGAAGGGAUUUACACUGUCAUCCCACCUACAGAGAAUCGGCAGCAUUUGCAGGUUUGUUUCCGUGGCUCCGCCCACCGCCUGUGACGCAACAAAGAAGCAUAUUGCGCAUGCUCACAGUGCCGAGCCAGGCAGUGAUUUUUUUUUCUUUGUGGAAGUGGGUCAGCGGCUGGUCCGGGUUCGGGAUCGGGAUCGGGAUCGGGAUCGGGAGGGGGUCCUCGCCCCCUUGGACGGGGAGCCGGAGACGGAUUAUUCUCUGCGGGGCAACACCAACAAUUUCCAUUCACGGUCAUCUGACCUAAUGGCACACCAGCGCGUUCACACUGGGGAGAGGCCAUUCACCUGCACAGUCUGCGGGAAGGGAUUCACUGCGUCAUCCAACCUACAGAGACAUCAGCGAGUUCACACUGGGGAGAAGCCAUACACCUGCUCAGUCUGUGGGAAGAGAUUCACUCAGUCAUCCAACCUACAGAGUCAUCAGCAAGUUCACACUGGGGAGAAGCCGUUCACCUGCUCAGACUGUGGGAAGAGUUUCACUCGGUCAUCCCGACUACUGGCACACCAGUCAGUUCAUACUGGGGAGAAGCCAUUCAGCUGCUCAGUCUGUGGGAAGGGAUUCACUCAGUCAUCCCACCUACUGAGACAUCAGCGAGUUCACAACGGGGAGAGGCCGUUCACCUGCUCAGUCUGUAGGAAGGGAUUCACUGAUUCAUCCGCCCUACAGAGUCAUCAGCGAGUUCACACUGGGGAGAGGCCAUUCAUCUGUUCAGUCUGUGGGAAGGGAUUCACUCAUUCAUCCCAUGUACAGAAUCAUCAGCGAGUUCACACAAGGGAGAAGCCGUUCACCUGUUCAGAAUGUGGGAAGGGAUUCACUCAGUCAUCUGACCUGCAGAGACAUCAGAAAGUUCACACUGGGGAGAAGCUGUUCACCUGCUCAGAAUGUGGGAAGGGAUUCACACUGUCAUCCUACCUACAGAGACAUCAACGAUUUCACACUGGGGAGAAGCCAUUUACUUGCUCAGUCUGUGGGAAGGGAUUCACUGAGUCAUCCACACUACAGAGACAUCAGAGAGUUCACACUGGGGAGAAGCCAUUCACCUGUUCAGUCUGUGGGAAGAGAUUCACUGAUUCAUUCCACCUACAGAGUCAUCAGCGAGUUCACACUGGAGAGAAGCCAUUCACCUGCUCAGACUGUGGGAAGAGUUUCACUCAGUCAUCCCAACUACUGGCACACCAGUCAGUUCAUACUGGCGUGAAGCCAUACAUCUGCUCAGUCUGUGGGAAGGGAUUCACUCUGUCAUCGACCUUACUGGUACAUCAGCGAGUGCACACAGGGGAGAAGCCGUUCACCUGCUCAGACUGUGGGAAGGGAUUCACUCAUUCAUCCAGCCUACAGAGUCAUCAGCGAGUUCACACUGGAGAGAAGCCGUUCACCUGCUCAGUCUGUGGGAAGAGAUUCACUCGGUCAUCCCACCUACAGAGACAUCAGCGAGUUCACACUGGAGAGAAGCCGUUCACCUGCUCAGUCUGUGGGAAGAGAUUCACUCGGUCAUCCCACCUACAGAGACACCAGCGAGUUCACACUGGGGAGAAGCCGUUCUUCUGCUCAGUCUGUGGGAGGGGAUUCACUCAGUCAUCCCACAUACAGAAUCAGCGAGUUCACACUGGGAAGAAGCUGUUCACCUGCUCAGACUGUCACCGCCUCCCGUUCUGCGGUGAGUCCGGCCUCCGCAUCAUCAUUGGCUUUCAUGACUUCCUCGGCUUCUAUUGUGAGUUUAUUGAAACUCACUCUGAGCUCCUCUUCAGACAUGUCUUCAUAGGUCCUGAGAAGCUGGCCAAACCUGAUUGGAAGGGGAAUCUGGUAGGAAUGACGAUGGAGCAGCAAUGGCUGGAGUUUCUGGGAGCAACUCGGGAGCUCCGGCAGCUAAAAAAUUACCACUUCAGCCCUGCUCCUCAGCCGUCCGGCAGAGCUCGGGCCCGGCCCUUUCCCAAUGCAACCGGCCCCCGAGUUACACAACACCGGGAUCAUUCCCGACUCACCCCUGCUCGAAUCGGAGAACCGCCAACAACAGCGGCACUCGGCACCGCGCAUGCGUUCAGCAGGCGUUUCUCCGCAGCGCCACCGAUGGCCGGAGGUCUGCACAUCGUCGCCGAAGGCCGGAGAUCUGCACAGCGCCACCAGUGGCUGGAGAUCUAUACAGCGCCACCCGUGGUCGGGGGCCGGAAGGACAACGGAGAGUUAAAUCACAAACACGACAAAUGUGGGGAAGGAUUCACUCGGUCAUCUGACCUAAUGGCUCACCAGCGAGUUCACACUGGAGAGAGGCCGUUCACCUGCUUGGACUGUGGGAAGGGGUUCACUUGGUCAUGCCAUCUGAAGCUACAUCAGAGAGUUCACACUGGGGAGAGGCCAUUUACCUGCUCAGUCUGUGGGAAGAGAUUCACUCAGUCAUCCAGCCUAAUGGCUCACCAGCAAGUUCACACUGGAGAGUGGCCGUUCACCUGCUUGGACUGUGGGAAGGGGUUCACUCAGUCAUGCCAUCUGAAGGUACAUCAGCGAAUUCACACUGGGGAGAGGCCGUUCACCUGCUCAGACUGUGGGAAGGGAUUCACUCAGUCAUCUGAACUGAAGGUACAUCAGCGAGUUCACUCUGGUGAGAGGCCAUUCACCUGCUCAGACUGUGGGAAAGGAUUCACUCAGUCAUUUAAGCUCAAAAUACAUCAGCGAGUUCACACUGGAGAGAAGCCGUUCACCUGCUCAGACUGUGGGAAGGGAUUCACUCAGUCUGCCCACCUACGAUCACACAUGUCAGUUCACACUGGGAAGAGGCCGUUUACCUGUUCAUACUGUGGGGAGGGAUUCAUUUUGUCAUCACAGCUGCUGGCACAUCAGCGAGUUCACACUGGGGAGAGACCGUUCACCUGCUCAGACUGUGGGAAGGGAUUCACACAGUCGUACAGCCUACUGGUUCACCAGCGGCUUCACACCGGCGAGCGGCCGUUCACCUGUUCGGACUGUGGGAAGGGAUUCACUUGCUUAGCUAAACUGAAGCUACAUCAGAGAGUUCACACUGGAGAGAGGCCGUUCACCUGCUCAGACUGUGGGAAGGGAUUCAUUUGCUCAUCUGAACUGAAGGUACAUCGGAGAGUUCACACUGGGGAGCGGCCGUUCAUCUGCUCAGACUGUGGGAAGGGAUUCAUUCAAUCAUGCACUCUGAAGGUACAUCAGCGAGUUCACACUGGGGAGCGGCCGUUCAUCUGCUCAGAAUGUGGGAAGGGAUUCAUUCAAUCAUCCACUCUGAAAGUACAUCAGCGAGUUCACACCAGAGAGAGGCCAUUCACCUGCUCAGAGUGUGGGAAGGGAUUCACUCGGUCAUCUCAACUACAGAGACACCAGCGAGUUCACACCGGGGAGAGGCCAUUCACCUGCUCAGAAUGUGGGAAGGGAUUCAGUCGAUCAUGUCAACUACAGACACACCGGCAAGUUCACACUGGCGAGAGGCCGUUCAUCUGCUCGGAAUGUUCAAAGGGAUUCACUCAGGCAUCUCACCUACUGAGACACCAGCGAGUUCACACUGGAGAGAGGCCAUUCACCUGCUCAGAGUGUGGGAAGGGAUUCAUUCAAUCAUCCACUCUGAAAGUACAUCAGCGAGUUCACACCAGAGAGAGGCCAUUCACCUGCUCAGAGUGUGGGAAGGGAUUCACUCAGUUAGGUAACCUACAAGCACACCAGCGAGUUCACACUGGGGAGAGGCCGUUCACCUGUUCAGACUGUGGGAAGGGAUUCACUCAGUCAUCCAGCCUACAAGCACACCGGUCAGUUCAUACUGGGGAGAAGCUGUUCACCUGCUGAAGCCUGAAUUAUACCUCUGCAUAGACGCUAUGCCGUUGUGAGCAUUUCUACUUGUGAUUUUGUGUGUCUGCAUCACUGCCAAAAUGCUAGUUGGUGUUGGGGUUCUGUGCUACUGUGUUGAAUUGACUUGUGUUGAGUUGCGAACAAUGGCGACUGCUGACUACGUCUUGUUGGAGUUGGAGCUAAUCAAUGUUGCAGAAGUGUUACUUUUUUUGAAAUUACUGCAACGCAGAAAAAUGAGAAGUUUUUCCAUUACCUUUUGCAGUCCAUGAUGUCCAAAGCAAUGUUGGAAAUUUCUUUGCACGAUUUUGAUGCCAUUUUCAAGUCUUUAUUGUCUGCCAAUGAAGAGUCGUG